GUUUGUCUCUUUAACGCAUGUGAACCGACCAGCAGUAGUGUAUCCUUGACAUUUUACGGAAGCUCGCCGUUGCUGUUAGUUAACACCGCUGAACACUUUUGAUAUACAUCGACACAACAGUCUGCAAAACAGGUGAGCCAUGCCCUCCGUACCCUCCAGUGCAGACAAUGGCAGCCUGGCCAAAAUCUGCCCCCAUGCUGCCAAGAUGAUGCUCCUCAACGGUGAUGGCAAAACCAAUGAGGAAGCCAUCUUAAAAGGCGAGGCCAAAAUGAAGGUGGCUGCCAUGCUGAAUGGUGACGGUGGUCACAAACUCGCCACAAACGGACAUACGAAUGGAGAAGGCAACGGCCUGGCCAAGGUGCAUACGCCGCUUGAUCCAGAGGAGGAGAACGAAGAAGAGGGACCAAUGGAGAGGCAGUGGAUUCGGCCGGACCUGCCCAGCAGAUGCACCUGGAGACUGGGGGGCCCCAACACGGGUUCCCCUCACAGCCACGCAGAAAGGACAAAACCUCCCGGCAUCCUGCCUAACAUCUUGAGGAGAAUUGGAGACACCCCUCUUGUCCGCAUAAAUAAGAUAUCCAAGGAAUUUGGUCUGAAGUGUGAACUCUUGGCAAAAUGCGAGUUUUUUAAUGCCGGCGGGAGUGUUAAGGACCGCAUCAGUCUGCGCAUGGUGGAAGACGCGGAGAAGGAAGGCAUCCUCAAACCCGGAGACACCAUCAUCGAGCCCACCUCUGGCAACACGGGCAUCGGUCUGGCCCUGGCUGCCGCCGUGAAGGGCUACCGCUGCAUCAUCGUCAUGCCUGAGAAGAUGAGCAUGGAGAAGGUGGACGUCCUGCGUGCUCUCGGCGCGGAGAUUGUCCGCACUCCCACCGCAGCUCGCUUCGACUCCCCGGAGUCUCACGUGGGUGUGGCCUGGAGGCUGAAGAACGAGAUCCCCAAUGCCCACAUCCUGGACCAGUACCGCAAUCCCAGCAACCCCCUGGCCCACUACGACACCACCGCGGAGGAGAUCCUCGAGCAGUGUGAUGGUAGGGUGGACAUGCUGGUGGCAGGAGCUGGCACCGGUGGCACCAUCACCGGCAUCGCCCGCAAACUGAAGGAAAGAUGCCCCAACAUCAAGAUCAUUGGUGUGGACCCUGAGGGCUCGAUCUUGGCAGAACCAGAGGAGCUGAAUGUAACCAAUAAGACACAGUAUGAGGUCGAGGGCAUUGGCUAUGACUUCAUCCCCACUGUGCUGGACCGAUCUGUGAUUGAUGGCUGGUACAAAUCGAAUGAUGACGAGUCUUUCGCCAUGUCGCGCAUGCUCCUCCGAGACGAAGGACUCCUGUGUGGAGGCAGCUCUGGUACAGCCAUGGCUGCUGCCGUGAGGGUGGCCAAGGAGCUGAAGGAGGGCCAGCGCUGUGUUGUCAUUCUGCCCGACUCCAUUCGCAACUACAUGUCCAAAUUCCUCAGUGAUAAGUGGAUGUGUGAGAAGGGCUUCCUGAAGCCUGAGGACCUGAUGAUUAAGAAACCUUGGUGGUGGAACCUUACUCUGCAGGUGCUGAAUCUGUCUGCUCCUCUGACUGUCCUGCCCACAGUCACCUGUCAGAAGACCAUCAAGAUCCUGAAGGAGAAGGCCUUCGACCAGGCUCCAGUGGUGGAUCAGACUGGGGUGAUCCUGGGCAUGGUGACGCUGGGUAAUAUGCUCUCCUCAGUGCUGGCAGGGAAGGUCAGGCCCUCUGACCCCGUGAGCAAGGUUCUGUACAAGCAGUUUAAACAGGUGCGGCUGACUGACAACCUGGGCAAACUUUCUCGUAUCCUGGAGACGGACUACUUUGCUCUAGUGGUGCAUGAGCAGAUCCAAUCUGACCACUGUGGGUCUGCGGCCAGCAGCUCUUGCCCAAUGAGUCCGUCCGCCGAGCCCUGCAUGGUCACUGGGCAGAAUUCGCAGGACAUGACCGACGACUCGCCGGUGCUGAAGCAGAUGGUGUUUGGGGUGGUGACGGCCAUCGACCUGCUCAACUAUGUGGCCACGCGGGAGAGGAGAGAACGCACGCUGUCAGAGUGCUCCCUGCCCGACGAGCAGUGACCAUACAGAUUUACACACACAUACAGAUUUUCACAUACACAUAUUCAUAAAUACACACACACACACACACACACACACACACACACACACACCUUCACAACCACUGAGGUGAAGGAGAUCGUCCGAUGUUUUGCAUUUGACAGAUCAGAUAUUUCCAAAUAUUUCCGCUCUCCUUAUAUUCACAUUUUCUUGCACCAAAACUAGUUAUUACUGUCAAAUCUGAGAAAAAAAACAUUAUCAAAAUUACUGUAUUACUGUUUAGACAAGAAUGUAUAUAGAAAUAUGUAUAAUGCAUCAGUUUACUUUGUCUUACCUGAUGAAAAGGGUUCUUUGGUCAACAAAAUCAGCAAUCUCCUAACUUAAGCAUUUUAUUCUCUCAUGAGUAAUACACAGGACUCAAAAUAGUUCUUGCAAUAGGUCAGCUUGGCAAUUCAGUGAACCAAAGCCUAGCACCGGAGCAGACACGCAUGAUCCCAUUGAGAGGUGUAUAUAAUUGAUACUUUUGAGACGCUUGUCUUUUUGUUUUGAGACUUCCAAAUAUCUAAUGUAUUGUUUAUAUGGCCAUCCUAAAGACUCACAGCUCAUACUUCACUUCACAAACAGUGGUGUUAUUCAGGGGGGGGAGAGAAACGGCUUACUUAAUUGUUGUUUUCUGACUGGUAUUCAUUCAGGGCUAUGCUGCCACCUGGUGACUGUAAAAGGCAACACAGGUAUUGUUUGACUGACGGACAGGGUCAAGGAAGUGCUCUGUAUGGGGCAAGUACUAAGAUGGGCAGAGACACCAGCCCCCAACCAGGGCGACUUGUGUUGGUUAAUUUCUUUCUAUGUCUUUGUAUUGAGACAAGAUCUUUUAAAAAGUGUAUUCGUUUUGACGGGUGUAUUUAAAGACAGGAUUUGUAACAAGGUUUGUACAGGCAGAUCUUUUAUAGAGGUCUCUGUAUGGAAUGGGGAGGUGGGGGGGAUUAUUUUCUUACUCGCUGUGCUUUUGACCACAUGUAAAUGAAUAAAUGUAUCUGAAAUAGGACUGAAUAAAUGGGUAAUGUUUUGAAUUUUGAAUUGAAUUGAAUUGAAUUGAAUUGUAAUGCAGUGUGAUUGAUAUUAGGGAAAGGAAAUCUUUGUGGGUAGACGUUAUGCUUUAAGGACUUCAGUUACUCUGUCCAUAAUGCUUUUGGCAUCUUUCUGCUUUAUAGUUGAUAUUUAUAUGUUCAGACCUAUGGGGGAAUUUUACUGUUACUUUUUGUUCUGUACCAUGUCUACAUUACCUUUGGCAUUGCAUAACUUUGCUUGAAAUAAAGAUAUUUUUUUUCCCUAAAA